AUGCAUAGUAUGCACGCGCUUCUCAGAGUCUUCGAUAGUAUAAGCGAAGGCGGGCCUUCUUUAUACAGAGAGUUCAUCGACGCCACAUCGCGUCAAUUCUCAGAGAGCAGCCUUCCUGGAAGCGGGUCCCCGAUCGUCGGAGCACCUUCAUCUGGCUCCCACGAGCCCUACCGAAAACCAGUAACCCCAACAACACCAUCUAUCGGUAUAAACACGGAAUCGUCCAGUCCGCCCAAAUGGAACCCUCUUCUUAGAUGUGUCGCACCUCUGAGAUUGCCGCGUCCACCCAAGCCUUGGCACCGAGGAACGUGGAGCGGCAUGUGUACCGGUGACACAGGAAUCUUGGCUAUAGACCUUUUCAGCAGUCCGCAGGAGGUGGAUCCUAGCUCUCUUGCCUUUGUUGUCGCCUCAGAAAUGGCGGUGUAUGAUACCGUCUGCCUACUGAUCCACGUCAGAAACAAGGGGAUCUGCCACUUCGUUCCGCGGGGAUGCACCGUCGGCGUGUGCGCAUCGAUGGAGGAGGCAGAGACAUUUCUGCGCUGCCUCUUUGGGGCUGUUGAGUGA